GCCACGUUACUAUAUUUGACCUCUUUAUUCGGAGAACCUGUAGUACAUAAUAGUAGCAGAUAAUGGAAAAAGAUCAUCUGAGAGCAUUAUGGACCGCGUUAGAGAUACCACGCAUGCGCUGUCUUAUGCGGUACAGAUGGUCCACCAUCGUCUUCAUUUUCUUCUUCACGACAGCGCUCACGAUCUUCAUGCACCAAGUCAGUAUGAUGAACCAAAUGAUGCACAGAAUAGAAUAUUUAGAGGCUGAAAGAGCAAGCCUCCUGGAGCGCCAGGCAGCCGUGAACGACGAUUACAACGUUGAACCGGAGGAGCCCCUCACGCAGCCGCCCCCAAAGGAUGGAGUUGACAUGGACGCCGGCCACCGAGAAUCCCCGCUGGGUGCAGUCAACCAAGGCGACCCUGCAGGAGUGCCAGUAAUGGGGGAUGAGGGCCAGCGACAGUCAGAGGGCCAAGUCAACCCGGUCUACCAGCCUCCCCAACCCGAGCUUCGAAUCCCGCCAAUCGAGGGUGCGAAUCCUGACCACUUCAUCAUGGGGCCAGACCAACAGCAUGUGUUGGGACCCGUGCAGCAGCUGCCGAAUUAUCCCCUACCCCAGGGUCAGGUCCAGUACCCCCAGGGGCCGGGGCAUCCCCAAGGAGUAAUGCCUCCGGUGCUGUAUCAACCUCAGCCAGUGCCGGGAAUGAUACCACAGCCGUACCAACAACAGCAACAACUGUCACCGCAGCAGCAAUUGUUACUACAGCAACAGCACCAACAACAGCAACAGCUUGCACAACAACAACAACAGUUUGGGCAACAACAGCACCAGCCGAUGCUACAGCAUCCGCACGUGAUGCAACCGCAGGUUCCACAACAUGUUUAUCAGCAACCGCAACCGCAGCAGCAGCAGCAGCAGCCAGUGUAUCAGCAACAGCAACAAGCACCUGUCCAGACCUCCGCAACUUCACAAAUUACUGCCAAGCAGGCAGAGUUCAGCAAUAGAGAAUAUGCACGCUUUAUGGAGAUGAUGAAAAAAUGGCCGAGCGACAAACCCAAAGCUACUAUCUUUUAUCUCCUCUACACGCAGCGCAUAAGUAGAUUCCGUGGUGCAAUACAGAGUGUCGAUAAAUUUUUCAAUAAUCGCUUCCAAUAUCCCAUUGUGUUGUUUCAUGAGCCCGAUCUGUUAGAAAGUCAUAAGCAAGCCAUCAAUUCAUGGACAACGUCAAAUGUAUUUUUCCAAAUCGUGGAAUUUAUCAUACCGGAGUGGAUCAGAAUGCCAGCAGAUGACUGGUUGCACACGUGUGGGUUUGCCAGAAUGGGGUACCGCCACAUGUGUAGAUUUCAAAGCGUUCUCGUCUCCCAGCAACCAAUUUUACAACCAAUAGAGUGGUAUUGGCGCCUUGAUGAUGACUCUGAACUCCUAAGUGACGUCACGUAUGACGUAUUUAAGUUUAUGCAGGAUCGUGAUCUGACUUAUGCCUACAUCAGGCUCAUAUUUGACGUCAUACCGGACUGUAUAGCCGGCCUGAGAGGAAAUACUACAAAGUAUGUCCAAGAACAGAAACUAACACCAACAUUCCUUGAGCGCUUGCCAGAAAACUUGGGUCUGUAUAACAACUUCGAGUUAUCGCGGUUCAGUUUUUGGCGUCGCCCGGAUGUGAAGGCGUACCUAAAUUAUAUCGAUCACGCUGGCGGUAUAUUUUACAACCGCUGGGGAGACGCUCCUAUCAAAACUACGGCUCUUGCUAUAUUUGAAAACCUAGACAAGAUUUUUCAGCUCACCAACGUGCAGUAUCAUCACAAGAAGUUCAGUACGGAAGAGGACAAUGUGCGACUGAGGCCGAUUGAAUCUUACUUGAAACCGAAAGUUCAGUGAACUGAUUGCAAUGUUUUUACAUUGAAGAAUAUGGUCUUCACAUUGAACUUAAAUACAGAUUUAAACAUUACUUGUAAUAGGACACGCAUGUAGUUAGUGUUUUUAAUUGUCAGUGAGAAUAAAUGGAUUAAAAUAAUACAAACGGUAACAAUGCAAGUGGGAUUUUACUUUGUGUAACUACUAGU